AUGGGGGACCUGGACCCAGAGACAAAGUCUAUGAUCGAUAGAAUCUGUAGACAAACAGUCGACUUCAAAGCCUGUGAGAUGAUGGUCACGUCUCAGCUAUCCUCGCCUCAUGCAGACAUCGCGACCAUAACGAACGUCAUGACAAAGAGAGCAUUAACCUUUGCUGGCGAAACGCUCGGUCAAAUCCAAGACUAUCUUCUCCCAAAUGCAACAGAUUCUCGGGACAAAGCCGUUUUCUUAGCUUGCAAGAUCGCGUACAAAGCCGUGGUGUCUCGGCUUCAGAGCGCCGAUCAAUCCUUCUCGAGAGGCGAUUACGUGGCGAUGAAGGCAGAGCAGAGUCAAGCACUUGCGUAUAUUGAAGUCUGUGUUAAGAGGACUGACUUCUUUCGCCGGACUCCGAUUAUCGGGGUCAGCUAUUGGGCGAGGUUGAUGACCAAGAUAGCCUCCAUUGCAGCCCACAUCCUUGCUCCUCCUUAA